AUGCCAUUUCGGUGCUGCACGCCCUUCAUUGCAACCCUUGUGCGUGGGCGCGUGGCGGUCGUUCGCCUCCUCCAGUUUUCAGCGUCGCGGUCGGGCAGCAGAGUCGCAUUUAUGUUUUGCUCUUCUGCCCCUCGCCGCGUUGAUUGCUGGUGCCCACCAACGCAUGCCCGUGCGUGCUUCCUCGUUGUAGUUGCGCGGGCCGGGGGAGGUGGGGCUGCGAUGGACGCCAUCGUUGCGACUGCCCGCCGCUGCGGGGGCGGGGGUGCAGCGAGACAGUGGAGAAGAAGGGGCGGCAGCAGCACAGCUGCCACCGCCGCAAGAAGGAGGUGUGGGGCCGGACAUGAGCUGGAAGAGGCGACGAUGGGAAGCGACGCGCAACGCAACUGA